AUCCCAGUUUACACAGACAUAGGCAAAGCAUCCAUCUGUUUUCUCAGCAUGUGUCGGGGUUUAGCUGCACUUCCUGCCAGCUGCUUGGAAAGAGCCAAGGAGUUCAAGACCCGUUUGGGGAUCUUGCUUCAUAAACCAGAGUUUGGACAUAAAAUUGGGAACCUGAGCCGGGGCACAAAACAGAGAUACACCUUGGAAGAAGUGCUUGGAUGGAAGGAGUCUUUUGACCAUCUGUUGAGAAGUAAAAGUGGGGUGGCAGCAUUCCACAGCUUCCUUAAAACAGAAUUCAGCGAAGAGAAUCUGGAGUUCUGGCUCGCCUGCGAGGAGUAUAAGAAAACUCGCUCAAAAGCAAAGCUGGCAGCCAAAGCCAACAGGAUCUUUGAGGACUUUGUUCAAAAUGAGGCCCCCAGAGAGGUGAACCUUGAUCAUGAAACCAGAGAGGCAACCAGGAGGAACCUCACUGUCGCCACUAACGCUUGCUUCGAAGAAGCCCAAGCCAAAACCCACACCUUGAUGGAGAAGGACUCCUAUCCUAGAUUUCUGAAAUCUGCCUAUUACAAAGACCUGACAGAACAAGCGACUACCCACAGAACAGGCAAGCCCACGCACACCUGAGCCUGCCCAUGGUCAUCGCUUGGAACUGUGUUGGGGAACAGAGACGCAGAGCGGAACAAGAGCAGCAGGAGCCCGAGAGGGAGGUGCUAAGAGCUUUUGGCUGGCAGAGUUUGGGCUGGGGCUUUAUCCUGGCCAGGAUGCCUGGGACCUCAAAUGCUUCCAUGCACCCAGAAGCUCUACUGGAAAAAAAAGAAGACCCUCCCUUGUGCCUCAGAAGGGAGGCUGUGAGGGAAGGAAACAGGAGUUCACCUGAAAAGUACUGGAGACCAUUGUGCAAGGAGGAACCUGUUCUCCAGAUAAGGAGGAGGAAAGCAGAAGAAAAGUGAGAACUGAGUGACAAAUAACCAGGAAGGUUGAAUUCCCCCCUCUAAAACCAUUUACCACUCGCUGCUGAAUGUUGUGUGUCAGUGUGCCCAUCCACCAGCGAAAGCCCCCGUCUGCUCUCUGAAGCCAGUCUCUGCACCUACAAACAUGGACCGCAACUUGUACAUAGCACACGGGCGUGCCAUUUCCGCCUGCUGCAUGUCAGCUCCAGAAGCCCACAGCUCUCUGCAUGUUUGUACACUGACUGGCUGGAUGUUCCACGGCUUAGCAACCUUAACAGCACUGGCCUCUCUGCCUACGGACCCAGAGAGGAAGGCUGCAUCUGCUUUGCGUCAACUGCAUUCGUAAAUCUCCGGCUUCUGCCAAUUCCUUCCAAUGACAUCUGCAGAAGGCACCUGGACUCGGUGUAUUGUGCCUCUCUGAACAUUAUAUGCAACCUUGGGUGAUCUGCCCCAUUUUUAAAUUAUUUAUUUAUUAUUAUUAUUAUUAUUUAUUCAGAUAGGGCAUUAGAUGAACACAGCACUUUAGAAGCAGGUGCUAUGGACAAGUCAUUGCAGCAGGGAGCCUACAAUUGAAACUGGACUUGUUACUGAUUUUGCAGCAUUUAAAAGUGCCCUAGCACGAGAGGUAAAAAAUGAGAGAGGAAGACAGGGCUAAGAUCAGCCUUGAAAAUAUGCAUCCAUAAAAAUUAUUAAUCAACAAAAAUGUCUACUGCCCCACAUAAUCAUUUGCGGCACAUUUGACAGCCUG